GCAGAAGAGGAGGUGUUAUAUGAUUGCGACUGUUCAUCCCAAAGAGGAACACUGGUGGUGGAUGUUGAUGACAAAGGUAACUUUGUUAGUGUUUGUGUUCAUUUAAUUUGUUAUCAUUUCUCAUCUUAAAAUGUUUAGGAGGGGGAUUGCUCUCCAAGACCAUUCCUAAAAUCUUUAUUUUUUUUAAAAUAACAUGACUUGUUCUUGCUGUCAUUAAAAAUCUAUGCUUUGGGCUGCGUUGUUUUCAUUUCCUUCAAUCCGUGAGUGUUGUGCCAUCCUUUGAGGCUGUAACUGUGAUUAAAUAAACUUUACAACCUCCAGGACAGACUACUCCUCCAAAUGUGAAACCAUGAGCAAAAUUAUUGAAAAACAGGUUGGUGGGGAAAUCAUCAUAUCCUGUUAACCAACUGAAGAUUGCAUUUGAAGGAUUUUUUUUUUCUCAAAAAUCCUGUCGAGCCAUGGAGUCUGAUAAACUAUAGAAAAUCCACAGAUGACUGCUGCUUUCUCCUGGCAAAAUCGGAUUUUUCUGUCUCACUAAUCCCUUGUCACAAUCUGCAUCCUGUAUAACUCUCUCGCUCUCUCUCUCGCUCUCCCUCUGUCUCUAUCUCUCUUUCUAUGUGUGUGAGUGUGUAUGUGUGUGUGUGUGUGUGUGUGUGUGUGUCUCAGGGCAACAGACAGUCCAUCCCAUUCUGUCAGGCCAGGCCACACUUGAUUGGGGACAUACAUCCUUGCCUGAGCUAGAACACUAAAACAGACCUGGAUCAGCGGUGAUUACAAGCAGGUGCACAGAUGACUGAGGUAGAGGGGGGUUGAGAGAGGGACUGGAGGAAAGUUUGGAUGGUUUGUGCGAUGCAGCAACAAGCAUCAUGUCCUUAAUGAAAAGGGCACCAGUGUUGCCUUCGCUCCGAGGACUACUAGCCAGCAGCCCUGCUCUGUGGUGGCAUGACUGGGCGAACCCCACUCAGAUCUGACUGCCUCUUGGGCUUGGAAGUGGAUGGAAAUCUCCGUGGCGUGAAAAUGCGGUUGUGGUGGAUUUUACUGUUUGGUUUUUGGAGCGUCUGUGGGGAACUGCCAUUCAUAGCAGAGAACAACGCAGCUAUGUUGGUCAACUGGAAUGCUGUUGAUGGGAACAAAAAGCUGUACGCUAUCUACGACACAAGCGUCAACGAACCGGGAAACAUGUCUUUUGUCAAAGAGACUGUGGAUAAACUGUUGAAGGGAUAUGAUAUUCGUCUUCGGCCGGACUUUGGAGGUCCACCGGUUGCUGUUGGCAUGAGUAUAGACGUGGCGAGUAUAGACAUGGUGUCAGAAGUCAACAUGGACUACACAUUGACUAUGUACUUCCAGCAGUAUUGGAGAGAUAAGAGACUGGCCUAUUUAGGGAUCCCUCUCAACCUGACACUGGACAACAGAGUCGCAGACCAGCUCUGGGUACCAGACACCUACUUCCUCAAUGACAAGAAGUCCUUUGUGCACGGCGUCACCGUGAAAAACAGAAUGAUUCGACUCCACCCAGAUGGCACUGUUCUCUAUGGCCUCAGAAUCACAACAACAGCAGCCUGCAUGAUGGAUCUGAGGAGAUACCCGCUGGACGAACAGAACUGCACUCUGGAAAUUGAGAGUUAUGGGUACACAACAGAUGAUAUCGAAUUCUACUGGAAAGGAGGAGACUCUGCUGUGACCGGGGUGACGCGCAUUGAGCUCCCUCAGUUCUCCAUAGUCGACUACAAACUGGUCUCCAGGAAUGUGGUCUUUUCCACAGGUGCCUACCCUCGACUGUCUCUGAGCUUCAAGCUGAAGCGAAACAUCGGAUACUUCAUCCUGCAGACGUACAUGCCCUCCACCCUCAUCACCAUCCUAUCCUGGGUGUCGUUCUGGAUAAAUUAUGACGCCUCGGCUGCCAGAGUUGCAUUAGGGAUUACCACUGUCCUGACCAUGACAACCAUCAACACCCAUUUGAGAGAGACACUACCCAAGAUCCCCUACGUUAAAGCUAUAGACAUGUACCUGAUGGGCUGCUUCGUCUUUGUCUUCCUGGCUCUGCUGGAAUACGCCUUCGUCAACUACAUCUUCUUCGGACGAGGUCCUCAGAUGCAGAAGAAACUGGCUGAGAAGGCGCAGAAGGCAAAUAAUGACCGGGAUAAAUUUGAGAGGCCCAGGUCCAUUCUGGAAGGAGGCAAUUGCAAGUCUUCGUCUGUUAAACAGUCCAAUCAGGUACAAGGGCGUCGUCACUCACGAGGGGUUGACUCCCAGGGGAACAUUUUGCUGACGACCUUGGAGAUCCACAAUGAGGUGGGAGCGAAUGAAAUCACAACAACCGUGAGCGAGACUCACAACUCCUCCUCCAUGGUGUUCGACAACUCGGGGGUCCAGUACAGGAAACCAAGCGGGCCGCGUGACUCGUGCCGCCUCAGCCUGGACAGGAACGCACAUCUAAAGAAGACCCGUCUGCGGAGACGAUCCUCGCAGCUCAAAAUCAAAAUCCCAGACCUCACCGAUGUGAACGCCAUCGACAGAUGGUCACGGAUAAUAUUCCCCUUCACCUUCUCCCUCUUCAACUUAAUCUACUGGCUUUAUUAUGUGAAAUAAUGCACUGAUGUUUUUUUUUUUAAUUCAUCUCUUGUCUCAUUCUUGUUUUUGAAUGAGAGGACAACUUCUAUAUGGUCAAAUCCUUAUGAACAUUUUUUUAAUUCAGCGAGUUCAGGCUUUGAUGAAAUAAAACUCAGACAGUGUGCAUUUGUGUAUGCACAGUCACAAGGAUUGAUCCACACGACGUCUAUUUUACAGAGACUUUACUGUAAAUGACUCUCUGCUCUGACUCCUGUGAAGACCUGGGACAUCUUUAUCUCUUGGGUUGAAGCACAGACACUUUGCAGUGUUGGAUUUCAGUUACACUGCUUUAGAUCAAUUAUUACAACUAUACCCAUUACUUAAGUAUAAAAUGUGGUCAGUCUAUUACAACAUAUUGCUAAUGACAAGACAACUGACAAAGAUUCAUAGUAUUAUUCCUUGUCUAGCUGUCCAUCAAUCUGCACAUGGACAAAUUCGAUCACAUGCACACACACCAGACUCUGAGUUUAUGAUCAGGAAACAAAAUGCAAUGAAACCAGACUUAAAGGAUUAGUUUGACAUUUUGGGAAAUAGACUUGUAUACUUUCAUGCCGAGAGUUAUAUGAGAAGAUCAAUACCAAGCUGAUGUCAGUCCAUUAAAUAUGUAGCUACUGCCAGCAGACUGUUAGCUUAGCUUAGUUUAGCAUAAUGGCUGUAAGUUAGUCUUGCUCCGUCUGAAUGUAGCAAUAACAGCCUAAAAGCAACUCACUAAUUAACACAAAGUAUCUUGUGACAUCCUGGAGUCUUGUUGUCAGCAUGAGGUUACCAGCGCAGACUCCAGAAAGUCACUGCACCCGGUCAAGAAACAGUCCAGCACAUAACCCCUGUAAAGCCACCAUUUUUAUACUUCAGUUUUUGUACAGAGAAAACAAAAAAGAUAGUGAGAGUGAGAGGUAUUGAUCUUUUCAUCUAACUCUUAACAAGAAAGCUAAUAAGCCUAUUUCUCAAAAUGUCAAACUAUUCUUUUAAUUUGCCUUGAAGUUUAUAGCUACCAACUACUCACUUCUUGUUCUUAAAUGCACACUGUAACUACUGUGACCUUGCUCCCCAUGAUUAACGGGAUUCAACACUGUGUAAGGAUGUCAAAACGUCAUUUUGAUUUCAAAGCCCAGUUUCUAUUAGCAAGCGAGAGUCUACCAGCAUUUUAUAAAAUUGCCAUUCUGUCAUUCACUGCCAUUACAAUUUUUUUGAGGGGGAAUGGACUGAUUCACUUCCUUGCUGAAACUUAUACUAGAAGAUCCAUUUAACUCUCAUUUCUGUCUUUUAAGUGUGAAACUAGAGCCAAGAGACGAUUAGCGUAGCUUAGCAUAAAGACUGGAAGCAGGGGGAAACAAC